UCACGAUCAGCUGUCGGAAGGUGCCGAUUUGUGCGGGGGAGCGGCGCGCGCUCGGCAGAACGGCGGGUUCCGCGCCGGCACCGGCACCGGGACAGGGACAGGUACUGGUACAGAUACAGCACCGCCACUACCUCAGCGCCUUCCGCCGCCGGGACACGCAGGGCCGGCCUUUGCACUGAAGCAAAGUGAAGCACCUCACAAUUGCACUGCACACUGCUCAGCUCUGAUUCCUCUGGCAGCCAAACAUCUCUGUCACUGACACCUCAAGGGCUCUUUCUCCCCUCCCUGCCCAUCUUCCUUGUGUCUGUGCCUGGAAGCUGGUGCCCAGCAGUAGCUCCAUCUCCCUGUCCAUCCUGCUGGACUGCUCCCCACCAUGUUUCAGCGUCUCACCAGCCUCUUCUUCAGUGACAGCAGCACGCCAGAGGGCUUGGAGGAGCCCAAACCCUUUGUCGAUGAAGAGGAGGAGGAGGAUGGCUGGCUCAUAAUUGAUCUUGCAGAGGAGCCCGGCCCCGACGGCGUGGGGAGCAGCCCCAUGGAGGACCUGCUCAUCGAGCACCCCAGCAUGUCGGUCUACGUCACCAGCACCCUCGAGGUGGAUGGGGAGGGCCCCGAGGACGAUGCUGCAGAGGACGUUCCGGAGCCGCGGCCGGAGCCGCCGGUGCCGCACCGCGGCCGGGCGCUGCCGGUGAAGGCGGCGGCGCUGGACAAGGCGGGGCAGGCGCAGCGGGCGCAGCGGGCCAAGCAGCUGGCGGAGCGGCACCGCCUGGCCCAGAAGGCGCUGCAGCGGCAGAACCGGGCCCGACAGCGCCCGUCCCGCCGCGCCAAGCAGCUCCCAGGGGCCUUCGUCCACCAGCCCUGCCAGCGCCACUGCAACUACUGACCUCGCUCCGCCGCCCAGGGGCUCCCCCCGACCGGCCCCGGCCCCGGGAGCGGCCUCCACGGACACCGGGGACACGGCGGCGGCUUCACUCCACACCCCCGCCCGCACGCCUGACCCGCACUCCUCAUCUCCCUCCUGUACCCUCACCGCGCCCCUCGCCCUCGAUGCCGUCUGGGCCACGACUCCUGGAGCCGCCGGCAUGGAGGGCCACGCUGCCCCUCCCCAGCUGCCUCGGCAGCGUCCACGCGGGAAAUCAGAAUUCCCGGUGCAAUCACCUGUUCCUGAAAUCACCUGUUCCCGGUGAGACCUGUUUGUCCUGAUAAGCCUGUGACAUCAGUGCCUUUCCUCACGUCAUGACUCCAUGUACAGCCUGGCUGGGAUGUCACAGAGACAUCGAGCGGGAGAGACGAGAGCAAUGAAGCCACAAGAUUUGGGAUUUGUAGGAAAAUCUCAUCAAUAACACUAAAUAAUGCUUCCGCCCUGCAAAACCAGCAAACACUCCUCUCCCUCCUUGAUUUGUUAGCUACAUUUUACCGUGAUAAGAUAACCCCCCACUGCCAGUCCUGAAGGGGCUUGUGGUUGAAAGCGCUGGUAGAAUCUCCACGGCUGGGUCAGCCAGGCAGCUCCUGGUGCCUCACGGUGUUGUUUUUUUUUAACAACCUUAAAAGGAAUCUCAGGAAUCAAAGCACCGUCCCAGCGCCACUCCGGAGCCCUUGGCUACCGUGCCAGGAGGGGUGGCCAGCCUGGGGUGGCAUCACUGUGGCUGGGGGUUCCCUCCGAGCCAGCCCUUUGGCCCUGGAGCCAGUCACCUGCCCCAGCCCCUGUAUCUGUGUGUGUAUUUCUCUCUGUUCCUGGACACUCAGAGGAGGCUCUGUAAAGCUGAGGGUCGCUGCCUGCCGCGUGUUAGUCCCCGGGAGGGGAGAGGAGGCAGGAUCUGCACAGCUUCCCUGAGGUGGCCGAAGCACGUCUGUGGUGGUGGUGAAGAGAUGCUGAAGGGAAGAGGCUGAAGUAAGGACAAAGAUGGAUCUGGGAGCCGCUGCAAUGAGUCAGGAUCGGGCAGGCCUGAGUGAGAGGAUUGCUGUAACAGGAGCUGUGACAGAGGCAUCCUCUUUCCCCACUGAAAUUGGCAUGCUUUCCCGUGAAGGGCCAAAUUCACUGCUAGGUGAUGCUAAUUUUUAAUGCAAAUCCCUCCUCUCUCCAUGAUGGACUCCUUCUGCCUUCGGAAGAACAUGGUCCAGGCUUUUCACUGGCUCCAGCACCAGCUGAGACAGCUUCAAAUCCAGCAGAAAUUUGCUGAUCUGCCCCGAGUUUGCUCCUUUUAGGAACCAGCUUUGUACCCUCUGCCCUGGGAAAGCGUCCUGCUCAUGACCACAGCCUGGAUUCCCACCCUCUGAGACAAGACAUACCCCCACAACACUCCAGAAAAUUCUGAUUUCACCAGAGGUUCUUCCUCUCACCAUGUUGCAUCCUUUAAUAUCAGCUGGGGACCUUGGCUGAAGGAAUUGUGAUGAGCCCAAACUGAGACAGCUGAUAGUUAUUAAUUCUUUUAAUGAGAUGAAAGCCAAAAUGAACCUUCUUAGUAGCAACAGCCCCUAACUCCGGGCCAAGCAUCCUGGACCGUAGUAGCCAGCUGCUGCUGCUCCCCUGCAGCAUUUCCCCUUCACUCCACUGCCUCAGCUUUCCCAAAAGCACAGAGCUGGGCAGCUCCAGGGUGGUGCAUCCCGAGAGGUGGAACUGCGUGCCCACGGCAUUGUCCCGCCCUCCUCGGGCCUCACCACAGCCCCUGUCCCUCGCCAAGCCUGACCUCCCCCAGGUCACCCUGCUGGUGAACAGACUGGCAUCUCCUGACUCCAGGGGAGCAUUUACAUCCUUUGGCUCCCUGGGCUUCACACUCAAUGCCGUUUUUUGCCCCUGCAGUAAUGCCUGGGAUGGACUGGGAGCAGGGCAGUGCAGGGCCAGUGGCACAGGUGCUGUGGCACAGGCAGGGCUGAGCCCAGCUGGGGUGGGUGCUGCCUUCCCAUCCCCGCUGACGCCGCUCCGGGGCCACUGUGCAGCAGUGAUGGAGGAAGCAUUUUCUCUCUGGCCCCAGCUCACAUCAAGAAGGGCAGAAGCCAAGCACUGUCCAGCCCCCAGCUUGGUCUCCACUACAAAUUCUCCUGCUGUCAGUCCCUCUGAGCACUCCAGAAAUCAGAGGCUGGCUGUGACCCCACUGCCCCCUCGGCACUCCCAGAGGAGCAGCCUGGGGGAGCAGUGGCCCCAAGGCAGAUCCUGCCAUGUCUUACCUGCCAGGCUCUCCUGUGCCUGCCCAACUGCUGGAGAUGGUACCCCAGGAGAAAUCCCUUGUGGAAUUCCUCCCGUGCACCCUUCUCAUCUGCUGUGAGCCAGCCCUUGGCCGUGUUCCUGGGGGACUUGUCUCAGCCUGGCACUGCCACAGCACCCAGCCCCCAGUGCCCAUUGCAAACAGGUGAUCUUCUUCCUCUGUCCUUGUUUUCAGAAGCAAAUUCAAACUCUUUCUGUGCCAGUCUGAGAUGUCUUUCAUCACUCUGUGCCCAGCCAGCACAGGAGAUGAAGCAGAACUAUUACCACACUUUAUAUCCAGAGUAUGUUUAUAAAAGAUUAAUAAAUUAUUAAUAAUGUUUUCAUGAAGAGGUUAAUCCAGACCCUGUGCCUCUGGUGGGUCAGCAGUGCACAAACCACAGCAAAUGAGCUCCUGCAAGUCCCCUCUGUUGUUUGCACUCUUGCCAUGUAUUAACACCUAACACUCACCUGCCAGUCCUUGCUAGGCGACUGUCACCCUCGGUGUGACCCUCCCCUCCCUGUGCUCUGGUCAGCCUGUCCUUUGCAGAAGACCUGCAAUGUUCUGCUCCUGCCCAGCAGCAAGCACAAGGCCUGGCCUGGUCCCAGGCCUCCUGCCCAGUGCUGCCAGAGCAAGAAAACCCCUUUUCACUGAGGUUUUUUGUCUCCUCAAAUCUUAAAACAAAUGAAAGGUGCUUAAGAACUGAGAACUUCCUGUGUGUGCACCCAUUUGCAUGUGUAGGUAUUUCAAAGCCCAGUGUGGGUGUUCUGUAACUUGUUUUGGGGUUGAUUUUUUUAGAGGUUUGUAGGUUUGGUUUUUUUGCACCCAGUAUUUGUGAUGCACUGUGUGGUGCUUCCAAUGGGAAGGUUCUGGUUUGCAGGGAGCCCUUGAGCUGGUCCCGCUGCAACAGGUGGGGUGAAUUUUGCUUUCUUUUCUGUAGGUUCCCCCUAACUUGUGUAGGGGAAAACUUCAGCAUGGACUCAGGGACAAACCAAUCUGCUGGGGUCUUCAAAAAUGUCUUUUUCCCAGGCUUCUCUGUUAGAAUGUGGGGUUUGGUUCUGGGAUGCUGCAGGCAUGUGGCAGCACAUGGUGGUAACAGGAGCUUCAGGGUGCUCUGGCACUCCAGUGUGAAAAAGAAAUUGUGGCCAUUCAUGGUGGGAUCAUUCCUGGGCUGCAGCCCCUCUUCAUUUGUUCAUGACCUGACAAUUCACCUUUACAGCUGAAUGUGGCUGGUCCCCUUUUAGACUGGCUUGUGAGCAACCAGGCACAGAUUUUCAGAAGUGAGCUCCUGGGGUUUGGGAAGUGCAGCAGGACUGUGUGUUAUGGCCUGACUCACCAUAUCACUGGGAUCAGGGGACAGCCAGGAUGGGGAAGCCUCUGAAAUGAUCACCUGGGGAAAUGAUGAUGCAGGCAACUGAAAGAAAUUUUUGUGUUUCUUGCAAUGAAAGCAUGAAAAAGGGAAGAAUUCCCAGUGGAGAGGCCUGGGCAAAUCCCUGUUCAGUAAAUGCCAGCUUUGCCGGGCCGUGUGUCAGUGCUGGGCUCAGACACCUGAGCUGGCUCCAGCCCCUGCUCAGGUGGGCAGCAGAACACUGGGCCAGGCUGGGACAGUGCUCUCAGCAGUGCUGGAGUUUGUGAGACCCCUUCUGGAGGGAAGAAUCUUCCCACCACUGAAGCCCCCGUGGUUCAGGGAUCUUCUCCAAGUAAGAUUUGCCUCUGCUUGCCUGGCUCUGCUCUGGCAGAUGAGGAGGAUGAACCCUCUGAUGGGACAGGAGAGACAGCCCUGCUGGGGAAGUGCCACCUCUUGGGCUGCACCAGGGCCACCAAUGCCCCCCAGGCUGUGCUUGCUGCACUGGCCAAGCUAUGGCCAUGGCACACUCAGGACCCCUCACCAGCAGCCACAACAAAGUUCUCACACCAAAUUCUGGCUCUUGCUUGGUACCACAAGGCUGGAGGGAUGCCAAGGGAGUGGGGGCAAAUCCUCCUCACUUGUUGCUCUGAAACUUGCACUCACAAAUGCUCUUUCUGAGAAACUCUGCUGCAAAAGCUUGAUCUGGAAGGGAAACAAUUCUUUCUGUGGGAUUCCACAUUUCCUUUUCAUUGUGCAGAACAUCAAUGCAUGGCUCAUCCCAAAGAUCACUGCUGUGGGAAUCUUCUCUCUUUAGGCUUGUUUCUAAUCAAUAAUUUUACAUUUACAUCACACUAGUACUUUUUCCUCUUCUAUUCAACCCUAAUGGGGAGCAAAAUACCCACGUAGCUGUCUUACUGCACCAGUAAGGGGAAAAAAAUAGAUAAAAAAUACUCCAGUGAGGUUCUGGGCUUGAGUCCCACAGCUUUGCAGUUGCCCCUCUGGAUCAGUAUCAAUUCCAUUGCUCUGCCAAAAGUGGAAAUUAAACUUUGUGUGAAUUUAUUGAAAAACAAGUGAGUCCCCAAAGAUCAAGCAUCUAAUAAUCAGGAGACAGUAAGAAGACAUAAGUAACCUCAAGUCAAGAGAAAUGGUUCUCAGCAUAUUUCAGAAUGCAGCACUGAGCCCCACUGCCCUGGGAAUGGCUGCUGGCAGUCCUCAAGUUUUCCCGGAGUCUCUGGGUUGGAACAGGAGGCCAUCCAUAUCCAGCUGGUGCCACAGGGACCCUGGAGCCAUCAGGGAUUGUCAGCUGCCACCACUCCCAGCCUCCAGUUUGCUGCUCCUCCUUUGUUUCAUGCACUCAGCAAUAGCUGCUUCUGGCAGGUGGGGAGCAUCAGCAGCCCAGCAUCUCCCCAGCUUCUCAGAGCUUCCCCCCAAGCCCUUCUCCACUGUGGACUGUGGUAACCUCAGCACAGCUGGCAGAGACCAGAUCCUGAGGAGGGACAUCCAUGGCUCUGGCAGCAGCCUUCUCCCAGGGGAUUGCCACAGGCAGACCUACCUGGGACAGGAAUGGGCCUUAAAAGGGGCUGAUCCCCUCAGGGCUUGUCUUCUUCAAGGUGGUCCUUCCCACCUCUCAGAUCUGCUCCAUACAAAGUCAGUAACCUCCUCUUGUCCUCAUGGGCUCCAUCUCCAUCCCAUUCCCAUCACUGGAGUGGCUGCCACAAGUUGCCUGAACGUGGCUGUAGGAGCUGGAUGCAGCAGUGGGAAGGGGUCUGCCUGCCUGAAGAGUCCCUUUUUGCUGAGAGGUGUCCUCAGCCCCCUGGAGCUGCCACCUUCUCCUCGCUCAUCUCCAGGAUCCCAGAGCCCUCCCAGCCGCGGGCUCUGGGCACCUGCACAUGCUUGGCCAGGAGGUCUCCCUGUUCCAUCAGACUUUCUUUUUGCUUCUUGAAAACGUUUGUCAUUGACCCAUCACCCUCUCCUUAGAGAAAUGAGGAUGACGAGGAUGAGCAGCUCCAUUCAAUAGCAAAGGUGGCUUUUAUGUGUGAUCAUUUUUUCAGUUCUGUGCAGAGUGGUGACAGCCAAGUGUGUCCCCUGUCACUCAUUCCCAGCUGACCCCUCCUGGGCUGGCGAGGGGGUUGCUCUUCCAACCCCAUAUUUUGUACAGGGAUGCUGCCCCAUGCUCCAGAGCACAAAAAGAGCUGCAAAGCUUUGACUUUGUUGCAACUAAACCUGAAAAUCCUUCUGCCUUCCACUUUGACCCUAUUUCAUUGCAUGGCGAGAGGGAAGAUUUUAUUCUCUGCAAAUGGAGAGGAAAACAGCACAGUAAAUUCUAAAUGUAGCUUAAAAAUGGGUUGCACAGGGGAGCCCAAAGCUCCUCUGCUCUUUCACAUUCACCUCAUGUACCCUUGCUGGGAAGCUGUGAGCAGCUGUGCCCAAGUCUGAGUUCUUGUCCUCAGCUUUGUGCUUCGGGAAGUCUGGGGAUGAGGGAGCAGCACAAGGUGUAGCAGUGACAUUUCCUCUUGUGUCAGAACUGUCCUUGCACAGAGCCACUGAGCACUGCAAUAUUCUAUCUGUUAUCCACCCCUGGUACCUGCUUGUGAAACUCUUGCCCACACAUUGCCCUCCCCCAUGCGGGGCUGACUGACUGUACAUGUGCCUUCACCCUUUGUCAUUGUUUGGCAUCUUUUUUUAGCACAAUUACAGAACUUGAAAAAAUCAUUGAGCUGCAGUUACAAGUCCUAUGCAAGAGGUGACCAGGGAGUCAGUUUUUGGUAUUUCUGUGUUUCUGUGUUGUUUUCAAAGUCACUGUGGGGUUUUCCAGAGAAUCCCAACAGAAUAAAUGCCCCCAAAAUUUUUUUUGUGGUUUUUUUUGGUUGUUGUUGUUGGGUUGUUUUUUUUUUUUUGUUUGUUUGUUUUUUUGUUUUUUUUUUUUUUUCUAAAAAGCAUUUAGCAUUUUGGAUAUACUAAAUCUUUUAGGCAGCUUUGAAAAGCUCUAAACCCCAGUUGCCCAUGGGGCUGUGUUUGGAGAGCGAGCAGGAGCAGGAGCAGCAGGACAGAUGCAGGAGCAGCAGGAUGGAUGCAGGAGCAGCAGGACAGUUGGCUGCUCCAUGGUUGGACAAGGUUGCCUUAAGCCUUCCCUGAAAUGCCCCAGAGAA